UGCACUCAGAGAUCAGAGGCAGUGUGUAGCUGGAGGCUGCUGAUAUCUGCGGGUGUUGUAACUGGUGGUGGUGCUGUGGAGGAACAGUGUAGCACAGAGAGAAGCUGAGGAGUGGGUUGACCCUUUGUGAGGACUGGAAUAUGAAUGACUGCCAACACUGGGACGUCUGCUCAGCCAGCGCUAAGGUGAGUGGUGCUUCAGUGCAGGAGAAUCAACAGUGAUCUGACAGUGAUGCUGUGUAGCAGCCUUCCCCUCUGUCUGCGCCCCUCGUUCUCCCGUGAGGCCCAUGUGACCUAGCCUACACCCACACACAGGGGGCCCCCACUGCAGCUGGAGCCCACCCAUGAAUCCCAGCCCCGAUCGUCUCAAAGAGUGCCUCCCUCCCAAGAAGAGGGAGUCUCGACAAGGAUCGGCAGAACACCACGUCCCCCUGGACGAAUUUAAACCCCCUGUGCCACUCCGGAGUAGGUCCAGCACAGGGAGAGGGGAGGGAGGCAGGGAGCCCAGUGACAGGGACCGAGCUCUGACUAACCCAAACCCCCAUCUCCUACAUACUCCUCCACCCCUGCCUGCUCCAGCACCAGGCCUCCCUCUACCCCUACCAUGGCACCUGAGCUACUCUCCCUCCGUCUCGCUUCCCCUUUUUACAGGAGGCGAGAGGAGGGGCUCAGGGUCUCCUGCAUGGAGAGAUGAUCCUCUCUCCUCCCUGCCCCACCACUCCAGGUGGCUUAGUGGGGAAGGCCCCCUCUCUUUGCCCUCUUCCUCCUCCGCUUCCUCCUUUAAGGCUCCCCUCCCAGCCGACUCUAGAGAGAUGUGGUCCUACAUUAACAGCGGCCGACGGGACUACAGCUCUUCUCUCUUUUCCCCAUCGUACUUGUAUAGCCACCACUCUCUCUACCCUCAUGACCCAAGUUUAGUUGAAGCCAGACACAGGUACCUGAGCAAGAGGCCCAAUGGACUAGAUGGGCCGGGCAGCAGGACUGCCUCAACCGCCAGGCCUCUGCUCACAGGAGAAUAUAAUGACAGCAGCAGAACUAGGCUGGACUUCAGUCCACAUAGCUCCCAUACCAACGGUGGACGGAGACAGCAGGAGGAUCUAACAUCCCAUGUCCAAUCUGGAGGGUCUUUUUUGUCAGACUCUCAAGCUCAGGAGGGCCCUGAGCCACAUUCCUCACUGCAGGACAGACAUCCACAUGGGAUACUUAAGAGCUCCAAUUUACUCUCCACCAGUCCCCAUCCCCUUAGACCAGACCCCAGGGCAGGUAGAGGGGGACUAUUAGACCCCCUAGGUUCCUCACCAGCUGAAGCCCACAUCUACUACUCUUUGGAAUCAGUGUGCCACCCAAGCCCCCAGGGCUACCCACUCUAUAGCCCCUCAAGAACACCUCUGUACAACCUACACAGGGAGCCAGGCCCCAGGCAGCACAAUCUAAGAAACUCACCACACUCACCUCUGGUUCUGUCUAACAGCCAUGACAGGUCACAAAGAGACAGAGACAGAGACCAAGAAAGAGACAGAGAAAAACUCCCACAAAGGGACAGGGAGCGAGUUAAAGACAAAGAGAAGCAACUACAACAUGACAAAGAUCCUGAAAGAGACAGAGAGCGUGAGAGACACCGAGACAGAGACAGAGGGAGAGAAUCAUCUCCUUCCAGUCUUCACACCUCACCACCGUCCCUUCACCCAUCUCCCCCUGCGCUCCUACCUCACUUCACCAAGGGUUCUCUGAUUGAGUUGGCCAGCGGGCGGUUGAAGCAUGUAGAGGAGCUGCGGACUGAGGACUUCCUGAGGAGUGCAGAUACCUCCCCAGAAUUCCACCUCAGUACCUGCACUGUGCUCCUUAUUUCCCCCAGCAGUGCACAGGGCUUCAGUCACCUGCAGGUCCACCUCACAGACCGCAACACUCAGGAGUUACUGAAGGUCUUGGUGGAGUAUCCAUUCUUUGUGCAGGACCGAGGCUGGUCUUCUUGCUGUCCCCAGAGAACCACACAGCUGUAUGGCCUGCCCUGCCGCCAGCUCAUGGAAGGGGACAUCUGUCUGGCUCUCACCCCAACCCCUACACCCACCCAGACCCACCGGACACACACGCGCACCAGCUCCAGGGCCCAUCGUGCGCAACUCCCCUCCCGGGCCACAGGAGAGUCCAGCAGCUCGCACAGGGAGGAGAUGCCACCUCCCCCUCCUCCUCCGCCUCUUCCUCACCACCAACCUCCUGCUGCGCCAGCCCCUGCACGUGCCCUGGCUGCAGAGCCUCCCACCCAGGAGCAGGCACGCCCUCGCAAACGGCGCUGGUCUGCCCCAGACACCCUACCCUCAACUAGAACUGAUGAAAGCCUCAUGGAUUUACCUCAUGGCUCCAAGCUAAUGAAGUGGCAGUAGAAACUUGCACAUGCAUAUACAUGCAUAUUUACACACACACACAAGCACAUACACACCCUCCUUGUCUCUGUUGCACCCACCAAGACAAACAAUGGAGAGACCUCAAGGCAGGGUUGCAGGGAGGGAAUAAAAACAUUAGAAAACGCAAUUACGGGUGUCCACACUGCUGCCCAAAAGCCUAGUACCCUCUCAUCUAGCCCUUGUUGUAUACCCCCUUUCCUUUCCUUUCCUUUCCUUUCCUUUCCUUUCCUUUCCUUUCCUUUCCUUUCCUUCCCUUUCCUCAAGUUUAUUUAGUACAGCCCUGAAAGGAGCAGCAGCUGAAGGAUCUCUGGAUGGCUCCUUACAGACACACUGAAGACAUUUAGUGAGACAAUCAAAGCACUUGUCUGUGUUCACUCUGUUUUUGUAAUGGUUGUCCCACACACCUACCUACUGACAGUGUUUCCUGCAGGGUAUCGAUUUCAAUCAGUGUUAUGAAAGUAAACGCUAUUGAAAAA